AUGUCUAAUUUACAAAAUGCUACUCGACAGUCAAUACAAACAUCGAUGACAAAUAAAACAAAAUCUCAUGCAUUAAAUAAUGAUUUGGUUGAAAGAAAAACAAAAGCACUUGAAGGUGGUUUAAAUAAAUUAAAAGUAACUAUACAACAUGAUAAAGCAAAACCGCCUAUUGAAACAAAUCGUUCUAAUUCUAAUAAAGGAAUCUCACAAAAUGCUAGUCAUACUCCACGUGAUAGAUCAUCAGUUACAGGUCGUUCAUUUUCUACUAAAUCGUUAGUAAUACAAUCAAAUUCUGAAUGUGGUCAAUGUGAAAAGGAUGGAGCUGAGAUAAAUUGUCUUGAAUGUAAUGAAAACUAUUGUACGAUUUGUUUUGAUCAAUUUCAUUCUCGAGGUGCUUUACAACGUCAUCAUUACGCUUUACUAAGUGGAAUUUCAUCACCAACAUUACAAAAGAAAAAACAAUCUCAUAGUGCUGAUAUGAAUCCAAUAGAAAUAUCACCUAGACAAGCAAAUGACCUUUCUCCUAGACGUUAUAGAAUGAUAGUACCUAAGCAAAAAUCAGAUGACUUACUUAAUGGGAAAACAAAUGCUGUUUCAUUUCAACAUAAUGACCAUAAUAAAUCAAAACGAUUGUCACAAAAACAUGAAACAAUUACUUCGAUUAAUGUUCCAAUUGAAUCAUCUAUUAAAUUACCAAAUAUUGAUUUAAACUCAUCAAGAAAAUCUUCGAAUGAAAAACUUUUUACUAAAACCUAUCGAAUAAUUGAUAAAAAUAAUCAAGCAACUUAUAUUCAUCGACCAAAAAAGACAAACAUUCCUAAACAACAACCCAAAGCAAAUGUCAAAAUUAAUAUACGUCAUUCAUAUCCUAGUCAAACAAUUGAUAUCGAACAUUCGGAUAACGAUCUUGCAAAAGAACGAACAGAAGAAAGAAUGCAAUCGAUUACUCCGGAGGAAAUUUUCAACAAUAAUAAUAGUGAUUUUGAACACGAACGACCAAUUACUCAUGUAUCAUCAAAAUCUCAUUCAUUUUUAACGAAUUCAUCAAAUAAGCAAGAUUGUUUACCUUCGAAAUCUGAAUCAAUAACACUUUUUCCACAAUCUUUACGUUCUGUAUUAGCUGCAAAAUCCAAUGAUGAACAUGCAACAAUUAUCGAUUCAUCAUCACAUGUAUCACGAUCAUCAUCAACUUCUUCAGAAAAACUUGAUCAACCAUCAACUGUAUUCAAUUCAAGUACAAUAUCGAAACAUAAUACAGACAUUCAAUCAAAUGUUAUGGAUCAAUAUUCCAUUGCUCGAUUUAACUUAGCUCUUGAUGAUAUAGUUGAUAAAUCAAAACUUGAAAUAGCUAAUCAAUUAAAUCGUUUAACUGAAAAUAGUCAUUCAGCUAUAACAGACAAAGAUCAUCAUUCGUCUACAAAUAUUGUUUCGAUGGAUUCUGUAACAACAAUAUCUCGACGAAAUUCUCCAUUUAGUUUUUCUAAUUCAUUCAAUAAAUCUCAACGACUCAAUUCAUCAUCUUCAAGACAUACAGAUGAUGAUGAAUUUUUUACGGAAGUUGAACCACAGCCAAAAAGUCCAUCACCUAUUCUUCCAUUACUUGAUCUUAAUAAUUCAACAUCAAAUAAAUCAUUUAUUGAAAAUUUAUCACAUACAACUUCAAAUCAUUCUAUAAUACUUGAUGAAACACAGCAUGGAUCAAAAUCUCAAAAUGAUAAUCAUAGUCGACCAAGAUCAUCACUAUUCUCAUCUUCACUUUCUAUUCAAAUCCCACCAUCAGAAUCAGAUCUUAUGAAUACGAAAAUGGAGCCAUUAGCAACAUCAUCAAGAAAAAAUUCUUCAACAUCAAAGAAAAACUCAUUACCAAUAGUAAGAUCAGACAGGCGUCGUUCAUUACUUCAAGCAAUUCCAAAAAUCUCAUCAUCAGCAGGAACAUCAAGAAGUUCAUCAUCAACUGAAUCAAGUACGAAAACUCCAUCACCAACAGUUAGAUCAGACAGACAUCGUUCAUUAUUUCAAUCAAUCCCAAAAAUCUCAUCAUCAUCAUCAUCAUCAGCAAGAUCAAGAAGUUCAUCAUCAACUAAAUCAAGCACUAAAACCGCAUCACCAACAGUACGAUCAGACAGGCAUCGUUCAUUAUUUCAAGCAAUUCCAAAAAUCUCAUCAUCAUCAUCAUCAUCAGCUAAAUCAAUGACAAAAAUCGCAUCGCCAACAGUACGAUCAGCAAGUUCUCCAUCACCAAGACCCAUACCAAAGCACACUCUAUCUCCAAAGUCAACAAUACAUAACGCUUCAUCAUCAACUACAAUGAUGGUGGAAAAUAAAAAAUCAACAUUACCGAGUGAUAAUAAUAAAUAUGUUCAGAAAUCAAUAGAAAAUAACAACUCAUCCAAUGUACAUAUGUUACCGACUGUGAAUAAUUUAUCAAAAGCAAAUUCAGUGAAACCUUUUAAUCGUAAUAAAACCAAGACGGUGAAUAAUUUAUCGACUAGAAAAAAACCUCAAACUCAUCGUCAGAUACCAGAUUUUGAUGAUUCAAAGUUCAAUAAACUAGAAUUUUCCUUAGGAGAUGGUCUCAAAUGGCAAGAAGCUUCAAUAGAAUCAAUGUCAUCGCUAAAAACGACCUCGUCUCAUCAAUCAUCAAACCCCGUGAAUUUACAAUUUGCUAAAGAUACGAGUAUAUCGGAUAAUGACGAUGAUCGAUCCUUACAAAAUGUAAAUGGUUUUACUCAACAUCAUUCUGAAUUGGAUAUGCAGAAUUCUGAUGAAAAUGCUAUUCUUAAUGAACACUUAUUAAAUAUACGCGAAGGUGCACAAUUAUCAUUCAAUGAAAAGAAUUCAGUCGUAUUUCAAACACAACUAUUAGACGAUGAAAUUGGCGAUCAAUCAUCCAUCGAUAAUGAAUCAUUGUUAUGUGAAUAA